CCAAGAGCCUCCAAAGGGCGGGCGGGCCAAAGGCAGGGAGACCCCAUCGCGGCGGCGGGCCGGCGUCCUUCAGAGGCAUCUGAAGCAAGCCGCGCUCUGCGUCAUGUGGGGCCCGCCCCUUCGAGGGCGCGGGCAUGGUGUGUUCCGAGGGCUCGGCCGCCGAGGUGGGAGCCAGACUUCCGCGGUUGGCUAACGGCGCCUCGCGGGCCGGCGGACGGGCGUGGGGAGAGGCCCGGGUGUCCGGCGGCCGAGCCAUGGCGGCGCGCGACGGGGCCCGCGGCGCACUGUCACCGCACACGCCGCUCUUUGACAUGCCGCCCACGCUGCUGGGCGAGCUGUGCGCCAUCCUGGACAGCUGCGACGGCGCGCUGGGCUGGCGCGGCCUGGCGGAACGGCUUUCAAACAAUUGGCUAGAUGUUCGUCUCAUUGAGAAAUAUGUAGACCAAGGCAAAAGUGGGACAAGAGAGCUACUUUGGUCCUGUGCCCAGAAAAACAAGACUAUUGGAGACCUCUUGCAGAUUCUUCAGGAGAUGGGCCAUUAUCGAGCAAUCCACUUGAUCACAAGCCACGGCACAGCCUCACAUCCCUCAAAGCAAGGUCAUCAGAAAGAGGGAUUUGCAAACAUGCCAGCCAAGGUAGAACACGUGUGCAUCGAUAAUACCGUGGGACCCUUAGAAGCAACCAGUGUCACAGUGGAUAAUGUUCUUAUUCCUGAGCUUAAUAAAAAAGGAAUAUUGCUUAAAUCCUCCAUCAGCUUUCAGAAUGUUGUAGAAGGAACCAAAAAUUUCCAUAAGGAUUUCCUAAUUGGAGAAGGAGAGAUUUUCAAAGUAUAUAGAGUGGAGAUUCAGAGCCGAACAUAUGCUGUGAAAUUAUUUAAACAGGAGAAAAAGAUGCAAUGCAAGAAACAGUGGAAAAAGUUUUUAUCUGAGCUGGAAGUUUUACUAUUGUUUCGUCACCCAAACAUACUGGAGUUGGCUGCAUAUUUUGCAGAAGCUGAUCAGUUCUGUCUGGUAUAUCCAUACAUGAGAAACGGAACACUUCUGGGCAGAUUACACUGUAUGGAUGGCAUGACUCCACUCUCUUGGGAUGUUCGAACCAGUAUAUUAAUAGGCAUAUCCAGAGCCAUUCAGUACUUGCACAACACUCAACCAUGCUCAGUCAUCUGCGGCAGUAUAUCAAGUGCAAACAUACUUUUGGAUGAUCACUGUGAAGCCAAACUAACUGACUUUGCCAUGGCACACUUCCGAUGCCACCUUGAACAUCAGAAUUCUGCCAUCAGCAUGGCCAGCAGCAAUAGCAGACAUCUCUGGUACAUGCCGGAAGAGUACAUCAGGCAAGGGAGACUCUCAGUGAAGACAGACGUCUACAGCUUUGGGAUUGUCAUAAUGGAAGUUUUAACAGGUUGUAGAGUGGUGUUAGAUGAUCCCAAACAUAUUCAGCUGCGGGAUCUCCUUAUGGAAUUGAUGGAGAAGAGGGGCCUUGACUCGUGUCUCUCACUUCUGGAUAAGAAAGUAUCUCCCUGUCCUAGGAAUUUCUCUGCCAAGCUGUUCUCUCUGGCAGUUCAGUGUGCUGCAACGCGAGCCAAGUUAAGACCAUCGAUGGAUGAGGUCCUGAGCACGCUGGAAAGUGCCCAAGCCAGCUUGUAUUUUGCCGAUGACCCCCCCACAUCUCUGAAGUCCUUCCGGUGUCCCUCUCCUCUGUUCUUGAAUAAUGUACCAAGUAUUCCCGUAGAAGAUGAUGAAAACCAGAAUCGUUAUUCACCACCUCGUGCUAAAGGUUUGAGGGAAAACAGAAUGACUCAGGAGACUCCUUUUGAGUGCAGCCAGUCUGAGGUUACCUUUCUGGGCUUGGACAGAAAACCAGGGAACAAAAUUAUAGAAGGUGCUUGCACCGCACCCGGUUCCUGUGAAGAAAACUGGCUCCCGGAGCUUGCAGUGCCCUCCCAGGACUCGGGGGCCUGUGGGAGCCCCGCGCACUCCUCCGCAGAUGGUGCAGACCGUUGUUGGAGGAGCAGGCCAGUGGAGACCAGCUGUUCCUCUGAGAUUUUCUGGACCAAACAUGAAGAGUAUAAAAAGCAAUAAAGGUCACCAAAAGAUAAAGAAAAAGCAAUUGUUGCCUACGCUCUUUGAAUACAGGUGCUGGAGGCUUGGGAAGAUGCUGCAGAUACAUAUGAAUAUAUAUAUGAAUAUAAAUCU